AUGGAUAACUAUUUGCGUUCCGCGGAUGUAGCGGUUCUGUGUGGCGGCAUAUUGGCGUCCCUAGUUGUUGGUGUUGUAUACGCAGUGAAAGAGAGCCGUUAUGAGCCCUCGUCCUUCCGGUACCACCGAGGAGGCGGCAAAUUGAAUCCGUUUUCGGUCGCGGUUUCGCUAGUGGUGACAUUUUCAUCCUCCAUAUUCUACUUGGGGUACCCGAGCGAAAUCUACAUGUACGGAUCAUAUUUCUUUAUGCAAAAUCUAGGACUAAUGGUCGGAUACCUUAUGAUGUUCUAUAUAACGAUCCCAUUGUUUUAUCCACUACAAAUUACAAGCGUCUACGAGUACCUUCAGAUGCGUCACGAGUCCCAGAGAGUCCGACAGAUGUUCAUGUGGUUGAGUAACGUGAGAAUGCUUCUGUACGCGGGAAUCGUCACUUUCGGCGUCGCAAUCGGUAUGGAAGGGGUAACCGGCAUAUCCGCAUGGAUAUAUGUCGUAGUGUUGACGUCGAUAGCGGUGGUGUACACGUCAAUAGGCGGUAUUAAAGCGGUUGUGGUAACUGACGUAGUCCAAGGUGUAAUCAUGAUAGCUAUGAUAUUUGCCGUACUAAUUUACGGCUGUAUUCGUGUUGGAGGUCUUUCAACAGUGAUUGAGAUCAACCGGCCUACGGGUAGAUUACGGGUAUUCGACUUCGAUCCUAACCCGUUCAAGCGCCACACAUUCUGGACACUUCUAAUAGGCAACGGAUGGAUGUGCGCUGGUACCAUUUUUAGUCCAUCCUUGGUACUACGUCUGAACUCUGUCCGCUCUAUAGGGGAUGCAAGAAAGGUAGUAGCCAUGUCGAUCCCAGCUUUUGUGAUAGUACAGAUUCUUAUCAUGUGCGAAGGUCUAGUGGCAUAUGCAUACUUUUCACAGAAAGGUUGCGAUCCUAUUGCGUCGAAACAAAUAUCCAACCCGAACCAAAUUAUACCAUAUCUUGUGAAAGACUUGUUUUUUGACGUUCCCGGUAUAUCUGGGCUGUACCUGGCUGCGCUGUGCAGUGCGUCACUGAGCACCAUCUCUUCGCUGCUCGGCUCUAUUUCAGCAAUCACUUCCGAGGACCUCAUCAGGCCGCGGUUAAAAGAAGCCUCCGAAAAGAAGCUAACGCAACUUUCCAAAUUAAGUGUCGUCUUGGCCGGAGUGGUCUGCAUUGGUAUCGCCAUACUUAUCAGCCACGUGAAAGGUCCGUUGUUUCAGAUUACCGGCAGCAUAGGUGGGGCGGUAUCAGGGCCAAUAACGUCCGUGUUCCUCUUGUCAAUAUUCGUUAGAUGCACCACUCGGAAGGGUAUCUACACUAGCAUCGUAGUUGGAGGGUGCUUUGGCAUGUGGAUGUCACUAGGGUACAACUUUUCCCCCGGUCGCCUGCAAACUGCAAUAUUGCCGCUGGGUCCUACUGACAAGUGUUUCUCAUAUCACAAUACGUCGUUGGCCCGUGUAAACUUCACGACAACGCCGACGUCCGUACGUUUGGGAAACGAUUCAUUUGAUGACCAUUUGCAUUUUGACGAACUGACAUCUGCUAACGGAACACUAUUUGAUACGACACUGACACCCAGCAAAAACAUUACGCCGGAUGUCGCUGUUCUGUGUGGCGGCAUACUAGCGUCCCUGGUUGUUGGUGUUGUAUACGCAGUGAAAGAGAGCCGUCAUGAGUCCUCGUCCUUCCGGUACCACCGAGGAGGCGGCAAGUUGCACCCAGUUCCUGUCGCGGUUUCGUUAGUGGUGACAUUUGAAUCCUCAAAUCCUAUUUGGGGUUACCGAGCGGAAUCUACAUGUACGGCUCAUAGUUAUAACGCGAUGCUAAUCACAGGGCUGAUUGCCGGAUACCUGAUGAUGUUCUUCAUAACGAUCCUGUUAUUUUAUCCACUACAAAUCACGAGCGUCUACGAGUAA